UCUCUCCCUCCAGACUCCCUACGUUUAGGAGAGCGACAAGCUGGUCGCACGUACCAAAUGCAUGGCACCGUCUCGGAACCAGUAGCACGAGUAAGUUAUCUGUCGAUUUUUACAUUCUGAGCCGGACUUCACUGUUUUAUCGGGACUGUAAAAUACCGUGCAGCCUGUGCACAUACAUAUAUACGCGCCUGAGGUGUGGAUAACAAAGGAAGAAGACAACGUAACGUUAGAAGUUUGCAAGCGUCGUCCACAUCACCAUUAUCGUCAUGGAAAUGUAGACUUAUCCUAAACGAGGAUGGUUUGGGGGUAGUUAUAUGGAGGCUGAGUUGGAAGUGGGAGCAGCUUUCGAAAGGAUACAGUCGGGAAACAUAGUUGAAAAACUUUUCCUUGUUUCCCGUGGAAGAACAAGGCGGUGACGGGCUUGGAUUGUUGUAAAGUAAUCUUUACGCACGGUCUGCGCCGACAGAUUUCUACAGUGCAAGAUGCGCCUGUUGAGCACCUCGUGCGGAUGCAACCGCGGAGAAAUCCGAGGGAAAGCACAAAAGUCUGGGAUGAUGUACUUGCUCUUCCUCCUUGCGGUCGCACUGUCCUGUGACGGCUGUCCGGACAAAUGCUUGUGCUUCUCACAAACUGUGAAAUGCCAAAACAAGGACUUGGACACGAUUCCGCAGGAUUUGCCGGACAACACCAAAUUCCUGUUCGUCACAGGAAACAAUAUUUCCCAUAUUAGUGUGGACUCUUUCCCAAACCGCCUGGAACUAUUAACAGAUCUCUAUCUCAGUGGGAAUGAGAUGGAGUCUGUGGAUGCAGAGGUAUUUGACAACUUGCCAAACCUUGUGCGGCUGGACCUGAGCAACAACAAAUUCCAGAGUUUCAGUGAAAGAGCUUUCCCUCACAAUAAUACACUGCAGUUCCUCAAUCUGAGUAGGUCUUUAAACAACCAUUCCUUCAUGGAUGAGGUCCUGGGUGUCCUGCAGAGUGGAAACCUCCUCCAGCUGACGGUCCUGGACCUGUCCAACAAUGACCUUGUGAUUCUUCCAGACACCAUAUUCACCAGCCUCUCCAACCUGGUCAACCUCAGUCUGCAGAACAGCUCCAUCAUCUCCAUGCAGAACGGGACGCUGAAGGGGCCGCUGCUGCGUGACCUUGACCUGAGGGACAACAGCCUGAGGGAUCUGUCCACCACCACCCAGGCAGAGUUCAGCCUCAAGCCCGGCCUCCGCAUCCGGCUGGCGGGGAACCCCUGGCGCUGCGACUGCUUCAUCGAGGACACGCUGUCGUGGCUGAAAAACUCCACCCAGGUCGUCGACGUGCAGAACCUGACCUGUGCAGAGCCCGAGGCCCUGAGACGCCAGCCGCUCCUGCAGGUAGAGCAGUCGCAGCUGAAGUGUUCGGGCGACAUGGAGGGCGUGCUGGAGACUUCUUAUGUUUUCCUGGGGCUGGUUCUGGCUCUGAUUGGCGUCAUAUUCCUGCUGGUGCUCUACCUGAACAGGAAAGGCAUCAAGCGGUGGAUGUACAACAUCCGAGAUGCUUGUAGGGACCACAUGGAAGGGUACCAUUACAGGUACGAGAUAAACUCUGACCCGCGUUUGGCCAACCUGAGCAUCAAUUCGGAUGUGUGAGAGAGGACGGGACACUGUCUUGGACCCCACAGUGAGAUAUCAAAUGACUUAUACUGUUAAGAUUUGCAUGAAAGUCUUCCUCCCCUUCCCCCUUUCCCCCCACGAUGCUAUUGAGAUUUGACAUCUGUCAUGGCUCCUAAUUAACCCCUCUCACAACUUCCAUUCUGCCCCACUGCCGCAUGUCCUAUACAAGUACCUGGCAGCUGUGAUGUCAACUGCAUGGACAGUGAAUCAUGGUGAAGGGUUGUUGUUUUUGGUUUUUUUUUGGAGAGUUGCGAAGAGUCAUAUGUUCUAUUUUUACUUUUCCUAAAGGAUAAACGUAUGGAAUACAUUGACUUUUAAGUGAAAUACCUGUCAAAAACACAUACUGCCGGUCAUUGCAUCCCUCUCAUUAUGCCUCUGCUGCAGAGAAAUGCUAUACUGCUUGUUUAUGAGUUUGUUCUUUUUAAUAUGUGGAUUUGUGAUAUACAAUAUGCCUUUUUUGAAUGAUUAUAGUGCGCAUUGCAUAGUUUUUGGAUUUAGUAGGUGGAUGUAAUUGCUCUUUUUUUCUGUGACGAUAUUCAGCUAAAUAAAAUGGAUUGCUGGUAUGUGUCUUGACUAAAGACAUUCAAUCUUAAAACUGAGGAAUGGGAUCUGAAGGCUUUUGAAACAGCAGAUAGACUCAUUCCUGAGGCAGCUAGCAUGAACCAUAUGACAAACACAACUCCUACCCCGGUUGUCAGCGAGUUGUGUGAAACCCUGUGUUAACAGUUUUAAGCGCUAUUUUAGCUAACAAGUGAGUUGCUGCGGUAGGAAAUGAACUCAAAUUGAGAAGUUGAAUAGAUGACAUGCUGUCUGAAUUUAAAUGAGCUUCUCCUAUCUGUAGGUCUGUAGGUGAUGAGAGUAGCCAACUGUCUCCCACCCAAUUUGCUUCCUGCUGUGAAUCUAAUAAAAAAAAAUCCUUGGCUCUGCAGUAAAUUCCCCCAAAAUAAUGUCUGUGAGCUGCAGCCAGUGGGCAGGUUUCGCACCCACAGACUCCAGCAUACACUGCAAACCUUUCAAUAUACUCCAGCUGCAAAAAAAAAGGGAAUAAAAUGGUAUAUGCUGUUUCGUGGCACAUGCUAAUGAAGGCAAACUGAACCCGAGAUUCUCAUGGGGCACACAGAGGUAUUAUGGAAAUGAGCUCAGGCGGCUUUGCUUCUCAGGUAACCCUGUUUUAUGGGAGCUUGGAAGAAGUGUUUUCCAUUAGUGUUUCUACCCAACUGUCAAUUAUAAUUUUUCAUGUCGUCCAGUACAGUGUGGAUUAGUAAUAGAUUACUAUUCCUUAUAGGAGUAUACUAUGCAUGUUGUUGUCUGGCAGUCUAAAUUAAUGAUGUUUGUUGUGUCUGAACUUCCUUGGUCCUUUUUUUGAAGAGCAUCUAGAUAGAUAAUAAUUUCCUUCUACCUCCAGCUCCUCACUCCUUUGCACAAACACAUCUCUAACAACCGGCCUUGCGUAGCCUGCAGCUACAUGUCAUUUGUAGUAGAACAGCAUGGCUUGUGCACAGAUUACCCCUCACUGUAUCACAUGGCAACACGGUCCGUCGUCAUGGCAUAUCUUUGUAUUUCAGUGGGAGUGGGGGGGUUCAGCUGCCAUAAUUCUGAUUCUGUCUCUGGAUGUGUGUGAUUACGCUCGUUUGACAUGAGGAAGGGAAGCGCUGUGUAACACUAUCUGUCUGGUCUGGUGCUCUGGCUGGUGUUAAUGCUCUGUAUGUCUCCUGACAAACACAGCAGCCGCUCCACUGUCUCAGAGAGCUGAAGACGUGUCGUCACACCUUCAGUUUCGCACUUCCCGCCUGGAAAUCUCUUUGUCUAGGAGACAAAAACAGCAUUGCCAAUCUUGGAGAUAAGGAGUGUGUAGUUUGUAAUAGGCUGCUAGUUUUAAUUCUAUUAUUCUCACUAUUCAAGGUGUCUUUCUCAGGCUUCUAUUCUGAUGAUCACACCUCCAUUUCUGGCUCUCUGACAUCCUUGUACGAUUGGGAUUUUGCAGGUUGAUUUCAACUGGUUAAACAGCCCGAAGGCUGCUAGUAACAAGCGCUUGUUUCCUCGCUCCGAUUUGUAAUUGUUGCAGGUUCAUUUUGAAAAUGGAUGGUCUCACUUCACACACUAUUCCCCAAAGUGUGGCUUCCUUACCUCUUGGUCCCAGGAGGGACACACAGGUGCAGGCUGCUUACAACCCAGUGUUUCCACAGAGACUGUCAGUGAGUAGUCCUUCUCCUCGCAC